UCGGAUCUCUUGGGGUCGAGAGUAUGGUCGGACGAAGGUGAAGUCCCUUGAGAAUCUCCCUAGAUCGAUAUGAAAGAAGUUUGACUAGCUCUCUUUUCAUCUAGUGAUCUUUCUAAGGACUAGUGUUGUCGGGUGGAGGACCAUAGAUGAUUUUUGAUCGAAGAUGUCUUUUAGAAAGACUUGGUUUCCUUGCUGCCAUAGUCUAGGGGUCCCGUUUACUUUACUAGUCUGAUCAUGAGGAUUUGGUAUUCGGCAACUCCGGGAAAGGUGAUGAUGUUGGGAGAAUGUUGCUUACAAGCCACCUCACCUGGACUCUGGCCCCGGUGGAAACUGCUACACUUAUCGGGCGGCCCGAGGCUGAAGUUUGUUAGCGUUCUUGCUCUUCGAACGUAUUUUCUCCCUGGCGUCUCUAUUUAUUGAUGCAGGGCCCCAGAGUUGUAUAUAAGAGGAAGCUUGCUAGAAGUUCGGCAUUAGAAUCACCUGCUCUUCUGGUAAGAACUGAAGCAAGCGAUAAGUAAAAGAUGUAGCAGGGCCGGCAUGCUCCAUCAUGACAUAUCGGAUUUGGUCUGAGAAGGUCUCUUCCACCGGUCAAAGAUCCUUUGGUACUUAUAGGAAGCACUCCAGUACCGCAUCUACGCUGGUCAUCAGCUAUGAACUCGUCGUAUCUUCGGUGUCAUCACGUUCAAGUCUUCUACUUCUCCCCCAUAGAUCCACUUUUGUUUGAACCAACACCUUCUGUAUCUUCAUCCAAAAACAACCAAUUACAGAAUUUGAUUAAACUUGGAGAAGGAUUUUUGAAGCAACCAGAAGAUGUUUGUGUGGAUAAAGAAGGCAUCAUCUAUACAGCUACACGAGACGGUUGGAUCAAGAGAUUGGUGCUUAGGAAUGGAAAGUGGGAGAACUGGAAGCAUAUAGAUAGUUCUUCUUUGCUUGGAAUCACAACAUCAAAAGAUGGUGGUCUCAUUGUCUGUGAUGCUACCAUGGGUUUGCUGAAGGUUACAGAAGAAGAUGGUUUCAGUGUUAUCCUUUCACAAGUUAAUGGUUCUCAAUUACUGUUUGCAGAUGAUGUAAUAGAGGCAUCAGAUGGAAGUAUAUAUUUCAGUGUUGCCAGUACAAAAUUUGGUUUGCACAGUUGGCAUCUUGAUGUGCUUGAGGCAAGACCUCAUGGAAAACUUUUGAAGUACAAUCCUAUGUUAAAUGAGACAGUUGUUGUUCUUGAUGACUUGGCUUUUGCAAAUGGUGUUGCACUUUCCAAGGAUGAAGAUUAUGUUGUGGUUUGCGAAAGUUGGAAAUUUAGGUGUGUGAGGCAUUGGCUAAAAGGAAUUAACAAAGGCAAAACUGAUAUCUUCAUUGAAAACCUCCCUGGUGGACCUGACAAUAUCAAUCUUGCUCCUGAUGGUUCAUUUUGGAUCGCUUUGGUUCAGCUGCUUGCUUCUGAAAGACUUGGGUUUGUGUACACUUCUAAGGUGUCCAAGCACUUGGUAGCUUCGUUUCCAAGGCUAUUUAAUCUGAUCAAUGGAGCAACCAAGUCAGCAAUGGUGGUAAAUGUUGGAGCUGAAGGCAAUAUUAUCAGAAAAUUUGGUGAUAAUGAAGGGAAGGUGGUUAGUUUUUUAACUUCAGCUGUGGAGUUUGAGGAUCAUCUUUACCUAGGUAGUCUUAAUACCGACUUUGUUGGGAAAUUCCCACUACUGUCAAGUGCAAACUAGUGUUGUUCAGAUUCAGAAUUCAGAAGUGUAUUGAUAUAUAUGGUUUAGACCAAGCACAUCUAGUAGAAUACUACCUAUGUAAUUUAAAUUUCUGUGUCAAUGAUCUGAAGAAUAAUAAAUGCAAAAUUAGUAUAAAAAAAAUAAGACAGAAAAUCAAUAAGAUGAAAUUAGAGUACCAUCUUUAGUAUUUCUCAAAUCCCCCAAAGUUGGCACUUGAUGCAUAUUGUAACUAAAUCUCAAACAUUAAUAGUGUACAUGCAAGAGUUAAUCUACUGUUUCCUCAUCUUCUUUUCUA